AUGAGCAGCUUUGUUACCCUCUCCUCGGGCCAGAGGAUGCCCAUGGUUGGUCUUGGCACGUGGAAAAGUUCCCCCGGUCAGGUGAAGCAGGCUGUGCUCGCAGCGUUGGAGUGUGGAUACAGACACAUCGACUGUGCUGCAGCCUACGGCAACGAACAGGAGGUCGGAGAGGCUCUGGCUCUGUGGAUCGGACCUGGAAAGGCCCUGCGUCGUGAGGAAGUGUUUGUGACCUCCAAACUGUGGAACACCAAGCAUGAGCCUCAGGAUGUGGAAGAGGCCUGCAGGACCACUCUGGCCCACCUGGGUCUCUCCUACGUCGACCUGUACCUGAUGCACUGGCCCAUGGCGUUUCAACCAGCCUUGUGUUUCAGACGCGGGCAGGAGCUGAUGCCUCGACGGGCCGACGGGAGUAUCCGUUACUCCGACACACACUACAGAGACACUUGGAGGGCCAUGGAGAGCCUCGUAGAUAAAGGUCUGGUCAAGGCCGUCGGGCUGUCGAACUUCAACGCGAGGCAGACGGAUGACGUUAUCAGCAUAGCCAGACACAAGCCUGUGGUGAACCAGGUGGAGUGUCAUCCUUAUCUGUCUCAAACAGAUCUCCUCUCACACUGUCGGUCUGUGGGAGUGAGUGUGACGGCUUACAGUCCUCUGGGCAGUGGAGACAGACCCUGGGCCUCUCCUGACCAGCCAUGCCUGCUGGAGGAUUCUCGCCUGGCGGCCAUCAGCCAGAGACACCAGAAAACUCCAGCCCAGAUUAUUCUCAGGUGGCACAUUCAGAGAGGUGUGGCGUGUAUCCCCAAGAGCGUGACCCCCUCCAGGAUUCAGCAGAACUUGGAGGUGUUCGACUUCUCCUUGUCGCAAGAAGACAUGAAGCUGAUUGAAUCCAUAAACUGUAAUGAGCGCCUCAUCGUUCCCACAGUGGAGGUGAAUGGGAAGAAAGUCUGGAGAGACGCAGGACAUCCUCAUUUCCCUUUCCACGAUGCUUACUGA